AUGUCGAAACAGCUACGCAAGACAGCUAAAGGAAAGCAGGUGUCUUCUGCGAUUUCAGCUUCAAUCACUGACACAAAAGCAGUCUCUUCUAGCAAACUAUCGGAUGCUCAAAGAGCGACCGUUAAGCAGUUUGCGACAUUGAGCAGCGCAGACUGGCUAAGAGUUUCUCCUGAAGCAUCUCGAGGAGAUGUUCUUGGGUCAAUCUUAUCCAGCAUGUCCCUAAAGUCUACUCCUGAUUCUGCAAUUUCGCUUGACCAACAGCUUUUGCAAUCCGAAACUGAAGUCCAGCGUCGAUAUCGUGAAAAGUAUGAGGCAAAGCUGGAGCGCAAGGCGAAAGAAGCUGGAUUCGAGUCGGUCGAGCAGAUGAUUGCAAAACGGAAACAAGACGAACUUGAUGUUAAAGAGCGCCAAAGGAAACUUGCUGAACAAAAACCAUCUCCACCAUCUGGUGAAAAUGACCCCACAAAAAAGAAUCUGGAUAGAAAAUCCGAAAAACUUCCAUCAUACGAAAAGAAACUGGAUCAAAUUGUUAAACUGGAGUUGCUGAUGAAAGAAACCCCUGAAAUGGUGUCAAUCAUUUGGAACAAGUAUCAUUCGGAUAAAAACUGUUUGAGUGCCAGUAUAGACAGUGCGACAUAUAAAAAGCUCCAUCAGCGCGGCCGCAAGUACCCACUUUUUAUUCUGCCAUUACCACGCAAUGAUGGAUACGAGCUGUAUUUUAUACAAUUCAGUGGCCACCAAACCUACUACACACCACUCCUUGAAUACAAAACACACGGCGCACUUUCUCGUCCUAGUUUUGUAGUAACACACUAUGAUGAUCUAGCAGCUUCAAAGUCGAUCGUGCUGAUGGUGGGUGAACUGGGAGAGUCUCAGAGCAGUAAUCUCACUCUCACUGAAGCUCAGAAUCUCGUAUACCAAACUCAACUAUUUUAUAUCACGGGAAACGAGAAUCAGCAAAAGCUUGUUGAGACGUUCCAUGAACAACCUGAAAGUUUUCAAUAUGAGGAAUUGAUCAAGGCUGUCGAGACUUUGACUUAG